GAUUUUUCGUAUACAUUAAGACUGUGCCCUCGCAACGUACGCAGCGGAGCAAAAACUGAAAAAUGCAAAUAAGUCCUAAACAUAUAGAGUUUGAGCCACCGUUCACAACCUCGGCUACAAGCUCCAUUACAAUCACCAACGAUUCGCAAACUAGUAUCGCUUUCAAAGUGAAAACCACAGCCCCAAAGCUUUACUGCGUGCGUCCUAAUGCCUCGAUCGUCAAGCCUGGAUCGAGCAUGGAUGUGUCUAUCAUAUUUCAGGGACUUCCAAAGGAGCCUGCGAUUGGCACCAAGUGCAAAGACAAAUUCCUGAUCGUUUCCGUCCCAUGCUCCGAUGAUCUCGAUCCGAAAUCCGUUUCCACCAUAUGGCCUGAGCUUCAAUCCCAAGCGGGCUCCACCACUGAUGUGAAGGUCAAGGUGGUUUUCAACUACAGUAGCUUAACCAACACUAUCCAGGAAGAAUCUUCACAGCAAUCUAAAUCAGACGACAGGGACCCCGCUGUGUUGGCAGCUGCUCCAUUGGCCAAUGGCCACAGUGGUGUAGAUGAAAAACCUGUCUCCGAGAAGAAAGCGGUGAGUUCCGACGAUGUGUUACCAGAGACCAUGCCUUUGGCCCCAGCUACCACUGACAACAAAGAAGCUGCAGCAGCCGUUGCUCCAGCUAAGCAGGAACCUGCUACUAGCUCUACUUCUUCCAACGUAACAACCCAACAAGAGUACUCUGCUAAACAUUUCAAGGCUGUGAUGAGCUUUCGACAUCCAAACAUCGCAUCGGGAGCAUCUUCGAUGCAAACACCAGACGUUAAUCCCAGUCUCAUAAGUAUUCAAAGUACAGAAGAUAACUCCUCGGUUUAUAAUCCGUCAUUUCAUACUGAUCACGAUGCCGACUCUGGAGAGGAGAGCGAUCCAGAAAUCAUCAUAACAAACAGCCCCUUUGAGGAAAACUCCAGAAAGCGCAGGGCUUCAGAGUCCCUUACAGAUACAGAAGAGAGUGACGAUGACCUUAUAAUUUUGGGAUCUGAUGGCGAGACACAGGAAGAAAAGAAAACCACAUCCGAUCUGUUACACGACGCCGUUAGUCGCCAAAACAGCGUAAAGACUUUGACAGAUGUGACUUGUCCUAUUUGUUUUGACGAGAUUGAGCAAUGUGUUUUCCAAGGUUCGGAACGGCUCUCGGGGAUGUUGUGCACUUUGCCGGAAGGUGGUCCAGUAUAAAGAUCUUGUUUGGCUUAAGGUGCGAAUAUUAAAAGAUUCGCGCUGAUUAGAUUAAUUUAUUAUGGUUACCACCGACUACCCCAAAAGUCGGAGACCUGCUGAGGACAACGAGCCUUUUUUGUUGGCGGGCUUCCAACAUUCAGCGCCGUAUGCUAGGAUUAAAAAGGGAAAGUUCAAAGGACUCAUUGAUAGCAGGUCGCUGCGCUGUCGAUACCAUUCAGUGGAUCGCAAUUUUUGUGUUUGUGGGUCUCUACCCCUAGUCUCUAGUCCACUGCGCAAAUGCUCCCCGUCUUCUCCCGACAAUGCGUUCGGCCAAAUACAAAACAUGAGCUUACGGCCAUCAUCCUCUUCCAGCUCGUCGAGUUCUUCCUGCUCCUUUCCUUCGCUGACACUCUCGUAUUUCACCAAGGUUGGGCGCCCUAGACAGUGGAGCUGCGAAACGUCUCAAAAUGGAAAGGAGAACGAAAUCAGCGAGAAAAAAUUGUCGUACACUGAUCCCAAGGCUUGUAAUGCGUCCAAAAUGACCUCUGGUAAUUUCCAAACCGACAACGUUACUGCACUAAUAGAUUCAUUUGAUACUGACGCGUCCGCCGCGAUGGAUAUAUCAUCAACUGGUAUGGGGAAUAUCAUCAAGUUUGUGUCAGGUUCUGACUACAUGUUCAACAAGAAACUGAUGACUUUGCUUCACAAAGAUCAGAAGAUGAAGUACGAUGAUAGUGAAGGGAACAGCCACAGUUCAGCGUCUAAUGCACAGGGCUUUCCCAAACAACUAGACCCUUAUUCCAAUAUAUCGUCUCAAACAGAAAGUAAGGAGGCCGGUCUCGACAAGCUCCGUUGUCGGCCAUGUGGGAAGAAAAACAAGAUACUUUUGAACUAGCAUCGUGGUCCGCUACCACUAUUUACAAGCUACUCAACUAUAUAAUGCAUCAAAUACGUUAUAUACGUUACAUUGACUCGUAUAGCACAGACCUCAUGAUUUUUUAUAUCGCAUUUUUCAGUUGGAGCGAUCAUUGAGUAUAUCGAUAUUCAUUUUUAGGCGUUCGCACUUUAUCCGUCAAAAUCUAAUUGAUUUUCCAGAUUGGGUCUAUAAAAAUUUUGACGUUUUCUGCAGAAUUUCGGCCAUUGAUUUUUCGGCUACAACUCACGUCUCCUACCUCACUGGAUCUCGAAAUGGAACAGGAUGAUGAUGAGAUCUCUUUGCGAUCCUUGGAGUCAACAAUAUCAGACUUCAAUGAUCGGCAAGAUUUGUUCGUAUCAGUCUCAGUCCAGGGGGAGGUGCAUGACAAAUGGGUCCUCACGACAAUUCCAAUGAGCAACAACCACAUUUCCUCAAGACCAGUUGCGCAAAGUCUUUUGAGGAAUUCGAAUAAUGAACUGUCGAGGAUAAUUGAGCUGAGAAAGCUUUCUCGAAGCGUGAGGACGCCUGAAAAAUUAAAGUACAAUGUGCUAGACGGGUCCGCUCUGACAAAAUUGAACUGGAUGAAACUCUUAAACGGGUAUAUUCGUGGUUCAGAGAAACCAAUGGCGUUUGAUGAGUCAGAUUUCUCGCUUUGUCUUAGAUAUAAAGCUGUGAGCUAUGCUGCUACCAAAGCUUCCCUCUUAUCGAAAUUCUGUGCAGAUUGCUCGAGUAUUCUGAACUCUGAAAAGCCAACCCCAAUUUUGGUCGAGGGUUUGAUCAUCAAUCACCGCGAAGAGAUCCAAGAUAGCAAAAUGAGCUCAAAUAAAGAAGAAAAGUCUUCAAGGAGAGGGUUUCUUUUUUUUGGUAAGAGGACCACCAACUUAAUGAGAUACGCGUCUGCGCUUGACGAGCUUGUCAGUGUUCUGGAAAGAGUGGAAACCGAAAGUAUUCCACUGUCCCAUAAGAUCGAACGGUUCGUGAAUCACUAUUAUAUGUCCUUCAUCGAGAAAGAUUACCUGACUUUCAUGCACCAAAUCGAACAGGAGUCAGAGUUUUUAAUUGACAACUGGAUAUAGCAGCUCAAAAUCUCUUAAAUCACUUUUGCAAGGCUUAGGCUCAGCCUAAGUGCUAUUUUUGCCUCACACAUAGAUCUUGCUCGAUUGGUCGUGCAGCUCCACAAAAAGCUUAUAAACAAUUUCCAUUUCGUCGUUUCACUUCUUCGAUGUACCCAGGAAACUCGCACGCCAAUUACGGCAACCAAUACCAGCGUCCCUCGGGCCCUCCUCCCUCGCGGAUUUAUCAACCCCCAGCGGGUGCACCGCCUUCCCGACAGUAUGAGCGCCCCCCUGCUCCUCCUCCAAACUGGGGGAAUCAACAAACACAAACGUACCAAGGUACCGGUGGUGUUUCCUAUCAACAGCCCACGCAGCAACCGCCAAUGCCAAACUUCAACAUGCAAAAUCAGCAAAUAAAUGGCACCAACAAUGUGCAGCAAUUUCAAUACUCAUCUUGUACCGGUCGCAAAAAAGCUUUGUUGGUCGGAAUCAAUUAUAUUGGCACAAGCAACGCAUUGAGAGGAUGCAUCAACGAUGUGCACAACAUGUUUAAUUUCCUGACCCAGACUCAAGGAUACAAGGCUGAAGACAUAGUGAUGCUGACAGACGAUCAAAGAGAACUUGUUAAGGUCCCAACUAAGGCCAACAUGAUCCGUGCUAUGCAAUGGCUCGUCAAAGAUGCACGGCCAGGAGAUUCUCUUUUUUUCCAUUAUUCGGGUCAUGGAGGACAAGAAGAGGACCAGGAUGGAGAUGAGGAAGACGGAUAUGACGAUUGUAUUUACCCAGUGGACUUUCAACAAACGGGAUCUUUGGUUGACGACGUGAUGCACGACAUCAUGGUGAAAUCAUUGCCAGCAGGUUGCAGACUCACGUGUAUUUUCGAUUCAUGUCAUUCAGGAACUGCCCUCGACCUACCUUUCUGUUACAGAGCCCAAGAUGGUGGCAUCAAGGAGUAUAAUGUCUGGAAAGAAAGUUCAGGCGAUGCCUUGAAUCUGGUGACAGGCUACCUCACCCGCAACACUGGCUUGAUGAUGAACUCGGUAAGCAACGUCUUCAAGCGUAUCAAAGCUACUUCUGGAUCACGUGCUGAGCAGAUCAAGCAGGCUAAAAUGUCACCUGCAGAUGUUAUCAUGUUUUCAGGUUGCAAAGAUUCACAAACCUCUGCCGAUGCCAAUGAAUCUGGCUCUUUCACGGGUGCUUUGAGUUACGCAUUUAUCAAGGUUUUGAGGGAGAACCCUAUACAGAGUUAUCUCACGCUGUUGCAAAACAUCAGGGCAGUCCUUGCACAAAAAUACACCCAAAAACCGCAGCUCUCUUCAUCUCACCAAAUCGAUCCAAAUGUUCGAUUUAUUAUGUAACAAGUAAAGACUAACAAAUAAAAU